ACUCGUAUUGUCUCGAAAUCUCAUUUAGUGUGUAAUCAGGUAUUUAACCAGCGACAUGCUAUCCCAGACAUCAUUCACUCUUCACAUCCCAAACCAAAAACACAAAUCAACAAUCAUGUUCAAGCUGGUGGCCUUCGUAGCUCUUCUCUCCGUUGCCGUGGCUAAGCCAGGCAUCCACUCCGUGGCGUACCCCGCGGUCCCUGCAGUGGCACCUGUCACUGCGUACACUGCCCCUAUUGCCGCCGCUUACACUGCUCCCGUAGCAGCCGCUUACACUGCUGCUGCGUAUACUGCCCCUUUCGCAGCUGCUUACACUGCCUACUCCCCCUACGCAGCAGCGUACACGGCUCCUGCGUUCGCUUACCUCCGAAAAUGAUGAAACUUAUAUGACUGAAUUAUAAUAAUAUAUAUAUAAGCAAAAUA